AUGACAGCAUACUUUUUAGUGCAUGAGAAGACUAAAACAGAGUAUCUACACUUAGAUAGAGACGAUGCCAAUAAUGUAUUUUCUGUAGGUUUCCGAACAACACCCUUAGAUUCUAUGGGAACCCCUCAUAUACUGGAACAUACAGUUUUAUGUGGAUCAGAAAAAUAUCCAGUGAGAGAUCCAUUUUUCAAAAUGUUGAAUCGUUCUUUAGCGACUUUCAUGAAUGCUUUAACAGGCCCAGAUUAUACUUUCUACCCAUUUUCAUCACAAAAUGAGGUUGAUUACAGAAAUCUCCAAAAAGUAUACCUUGAUGCUGUAUUUAAGCCUAAUCUUUCUCGCUUAGAUUUUUUACAAGAAGGCUGGAGAUUAGAACACUCGAAUAUUGAAGACCUUAAGUCAGCUCUGAUGUUGAAAGGAGUUGUCUACAAUGAAAUGAAGGGUGCAUUUUCUGAAACAAGCUCAUUGUUUGGUCAAAGAUUUAUCAAUACCAUUUUACCAACUGGAACUUACGGUUAUGUCUCUGGAGGAGAUCCGUUACACAUACCAGAACUCUCACAUGACCAUUUAAAAAAAUUCCAUUCAACUUACUACCACCCCAGUAAUUCCAGAAUUUAUUCUUAUGGCAACUUUCCUUUAGAUGCUAAUUUGAAGUUUUUGAAUGAGGCUUACUUAAACAAGUAUGAAUACUUGGAUCCAAAACACAGUAUUGUCCAACCACAGCCGAGAUGGACAGAUCCAAAACGUGCAAACAUAUCAUGCAGAGUAGAUCAAUAUGGAGUGCCAAUUGAAAAACAAAAUCAAAUUGCUAUUGGUUACGUAAUGUCUGAUAUUACAAAAAUUUAUGAGACUUUCAUGAUCAUGGCUCUCGCCGAAUUAAUGAUUAUCGGUCCGAAUUCUGCGUUUUAUAAAAGUUUGAUUGAGAAAAAUAUAUCAGGAGGCUAUAAUUCAUUGACGGGUUAUGAUAAUCAAAUAAGAGAUACAUUAUUUGUUGUUGGUUUGAGAGAUGUUGAGGCAUCAAAGUUUGACAUGGUAGAAUCUAUUGUUAAUGAAACUUUAGAGAAAAUUCAUAAAGACGGUUUUGAUAAAGAUCAUAUUGAGAGUGUACUGCACGGUUUUGAACUGUCAAUAAAACAUCAAUCCCCAAAAUUUGGACUGAAUCUUAUAUUCAAUCUUAUGCCAAUUUGGAACCAUAAUGGUCCAGUGUUAAAGGCUUUAAAAGUGAAUAAUUUAUUGAACCAAUUGAAAGUAGAUUUAAUGAAUCCGAGUUUCGUAAAGAAAGUUAUUGAAGAUUAUUUUAUUCAGAACAAACACAAAUUAGUAAUGACAAUGGAACCUGACCACAAAUUUGAUGAGGCUUUUACUGCAGCUGAGGCGAGGGCACUUCAAGCUAAAGUUGAAGCCCUUAGUGAAGAACAGAAAUUAGGGAUUUACAAAGAAGGGCUUGCACUGUCUAAAGCACAGAAAGAAACUCAAAAUUUGGAUGUGUUACCUUGUUUAAAAAUUGAGGAGAUUACACUAAAUAAGACAGCUCCACCAUUGAAACAUACAGUUGCUGCCACUAUUCCUCUACAACUGUGUGAAGCCAAUACUAAUGGUGUUACAUAUUUAAAGGGUGUGUUAGGGACUGAUAAUUUAUCUCAGCCAGAAAGACUUCUAUUACCAUACUUUAACUAUGUAAUCACCAAGUUUGACACCAAGUCUUAUAAUUAUCGGGACUUUGAUAAGUAUGUGAGCAAAACUACAUCAGGCCUGGGCUUCCUUACCCAUAUUACGGAGCAUAUUGAUCAGAGUGGCCAAUAUGAACAGGGCAUCGUCAUCAGUAGCCAUUGCCUAGAUGAAAAUCUUCCUAAAAUGAUGGACAUUUGGACAGAAAUUUUCAGUAUUCCAAAUUUCAGCAACAGUGAACGAAUGCAGAUGUUACUCACCAAUUAUUGCUCAUCUUUAAGCAAUGGGAUUAUCGACAGUGGUCAUACUUAUGCUAUGCAGGCAGCUAGAUCAUUAAUCUCUUCUGUAGAUGAAUGUAAAGAGAACCUUAUAGGUUUACAUCACAUAAUAAACAUGCAGGACAUUCAGAAGAAUCAAUCCAUUGAACAAAUACAAUCAAAAAUUGAAAAUAUAGGCCAAAAGAUUUUAAAAGGCACAAAUUUGAGAGCAGCUUUCCACUAUUGUAAUACCAAUGUGGAUGCUCAAAAGUAUAUUGAUGAUUUCUGCAAGAAAUUGUGCAAGGGUGUCGAACACAAAGACAUGAAUAGAAUCAAUUGGACUGACUCCAAGAAUAUGCAAAAAGAAAAUCGGGGUAUGCACAUUUUAAUGAAUAUUCCAGUCAAUUUCUGCGCGAAAGCCAUUCCGACAGUACCUUAUACUGAUCCAGACUACCCUAAAUUGAGGGUGCUGUCUAGAUUCUUAACAUCGAAGUUUUUACAUCCAAUUGUCAGGGAACAAAAUGGCGCUUACGGCGGUGGAGCCAUGUUAACUUUAGAUGGAAUAUUUAACUAUUACUCGUACAGAGAUCCCAAUUCAAAGGUUACACUGGAUGUUUUCGACGAUACAACGAACUGGAUGUUAAAGAACACUGAUUUAAUUGAUGAACAGAAUCUAUUUGAAGCAAAACUUUCAAUUCUGCAACAAAUGGAUCAACCUGUUGCUGAAUAUAUGAAAGGCGUUGAUUUAUUCUUGUACGGAUUGUCAUAUGAUAUCUGGAAAACUCAACGGGAAAGAAUUUUAGCAGUCAAUAAGGAUGAUCUCCUUGAAGUGUGCAAUAAGUACUUAGGAGUUAAUUCAUGGUCUGCCAAAUGCGUAAUUGGAGAAGGAUCGAAAGAUCUGAAAGAGGGCAAUGAGAAUUGGGACACUGUUAGUGGUCCACAGCAAUAA